CACGUCAAAUGAAACGUUAAUUUGGUUCCUGCGUUGUUUGUAUGUACCUUGGGAAAAGAAAAACUCAUAAUUUUUAUAGGUACUAUACCUAACCCAUUUAACACACAAUAAGAUAAAUACCCUGUAUAAAUUUCACUCUGUGUAAUGGUAUAGUGAAACACAAUAAACUAUUAUAGCGUAUUAAAAAUCAAAAAUUAACCUCAAAAUGUCUGAUGAUGAUGAUGUUAUAUUGGUGAAGAAACCGAAGCAUGUACAUUAUGGAUCACUUGAGGAGCAGGAGAAGGCUCGGCUGGCGGCCCUGGCUGCAGCCGCCAAGGAAGGAGUGGAAGAUGGUGGAAGAGAACUUGGGGACAUUCAGAUUUCUAGUGAAUACAUGGAGCUGGAAGAAGAAAUGUCCAGAGACAAAAAGGCUCUGCUGGAGGAGUUUGAACGCAGACGCAAAGCUCGCCAGCUAAAUGUUUCUACUGACGAUGAUGAGGUUCGUAGGAGUCUCCGACAGUUGGGUGAGCCAGUGUGCCUGUUUGGAGAAGGACCAGCUGAACGGAGAGUGAGAUUGAGGGAUCUACUCAGCUACCUUGGCGAAGAUGCGAUCCACAAGAAGUUAGAAGAGGAAGAAGCCAGGAUAGAGAGAGAUAGAGGACGGGAGGGAACCUGGUACCACGAAGGUCCCCCACAAUUAAGGGAUGCUAGACUCUUCAUAGCAAGAUAUUCCCUGCCUAGGGCCAAAAGGAGGUUAAUGAAAGCCCGUGAAGAGUUGCAACUGGCGGGCAGUGUCCGGGCGGCGGCCAAGCAGGAGUCUCAGAGAAAGGCCUCCGCUAUGUCCAUAUACUGCAGUCAGAUUGGUGAUACAAGACCCAUCAGUUUCUGCAGAUUCAGCAGCGACAGUCAAAUGCUGAUCACAUCUAGUUGGUCUGGUCUAGUGAAGGUCUGGUCUGUACCAGACUGUAUACCGUUGCAGACCCUGAAAGGUCAUACUUGCAACGUCAGCGCUGCCAACUUCCACCCUCAAGCAGUUCUACCACCACAUUGGAGGCAGAAGAUAGAACAAGAGAAGGAAAAAAAAGAAGAUGAGUCAACAGAAGUGAUGGACACUACAGAGGAAGUGUCAGAGUCCUGUCAGAUGGCGUCUUGCGCCUACGACGGUUCCGUCCAUCUGUGGAACUUCAAAACUGAUUCGCCACUAGCGUCGUUGAGUGGGCACGAGCCCAGACGGGUGUCCCGGGUUGAGUUCCACCCGUCCGGGCGAUUCCUGGCCACCACCGUCUUCGACAACUCCUGGAGGCUAUGGGACCUGGAGACAAAGACUGAAGUCCUACAUCAAGAGGGUCACGCGAAGCCAGUAUACAGCAUCGCGUUUCAGGGAGAUGGAUCUUUAGCGGUCACCGGGGGUAUGGACGCUUUCGGUCGCGUUUGGGACUUGAGGACGGGACGAUGUGUGAUGUUCCUUGAGGGUCAUUUAGGCCCCGUGUUGGGGGCGGAUUGGGCCCCAGCAGGUCACCAACUGGCCACCGCCGCGGCUGACCAUCAGGCUAAAAUCUGGGACCUCAGGAGACGAGCGCCGAUAUACACCAUUCCAGCACACACACACUUACUCAGCGAUGUAAGAUAUCAAAAGAGCCACGGUCACUUCCUGCUGACGUCAUCGUACGACAAAAGUGCUAAACUGUGGUCGAACCCCGCCUGGCAUCCUUUACGGACACUAUCUGGUCAUGACAAUAAGGUAAUGAGCACGGACAUUUCGAUGGACAACAAAUACAUAGCUACGUGUUCCUACGACAGGACCUUCAAGCUGUGGGCGCCGGAUCUGGCUUAGCCUUCAUACAUUGUACUAUAAAAUAAUAUAACCUAUUGAUAAGUUGGUAGGAUGAAAUACAUCAAAGUAAUAUUAUAACCUGAUGAAAACAUAUUUCCGCACAAAUGGUCUUCUACAGAGCGUGCGGUAAUAUUGUAUUAUCGCACAUAUGCCGGUGCGGUAAUAUUUUAUUAUCGCAUAUGUGCGGUAAUGUUGUAUUAUCGCACAUACGCCGGUGCGGUAAUAUUUUUUUAUGUGAACAAUAUGGCUAAGCACAUGGCAAUAUUUGUUUCUUGCUAUUGUAUGGAUUACCACCACAAUAAAGUCAGGAAUUGUUUGAGAAAAAUUACCCAAUAAAUGAUAUCAAAAAUA